CCGCGGGCCAGCGCGUGUGCAGAUAGCCGCAGAAAGAGAGGGAGGAUUGUCACAUUUGCAGACUUCUCCCCGCCGCCGAGCAGCUUCCACAUCACCGCGGCGAGCCCGCACUAAUUGCCGGGAAGAAGCAGCAAGCAAGCCCGGCGAGCUGGCCUGCUUGUCGUGAAUAAGUGUUGAGGUGGGAUAGGCGGCAGCUGUGGACACGGCACUGCGGGGGUGGAUGCGGAGGAAGUGGUCAGCGCCAACACGGUAGACAGAUCCUAUAUAGACCUGUCCACUUUAUGACGGCGACAUGCACCCCGACCUUGGUUUUCGCACUGGAAGAGUGCAAGCAAGGGUCAAAGGACUGCUUAUCUCCUGAGAUCAUUCUCCAAUCUUGAAGGCUCAUCAGAACCGACCCCAGACACGCUUGUGAGGCUGGCAUGAUGGGCAGGUGAUGGAGUCUUGCCUGAAGUCUGCCCACCAUUGACUGGUGCUGGCUCUGAGGCCCAAGUGUGUCCCGGCGACCCCCAGGCCCUCCCUUUCUCUGCCAUGGUGACAUAAAGCGCGUUGCAAUAUGAGGGAGAGCCAACGUCAGAGCGUCUCAUUUCUUUCUCCACUAGCUGCUCAGGCUGCCGCCUCAACGCCUUUUGUCGUCGCUUCAAGAAAAGACUGAUUUUUUUUGUCUUUUUUUUUUUUUCCCGCUGGCAGUUUUUAUCCCCCCCCCCCCUCCCAGCGGCCACCAAGCGCGACAGUCACCGAGGCGUGUCGCCGGGCCUUUGGCGCGAGACGAUGCUGGGAUGCGUGACUCGCGUCCGUCGGCUGGUCCGUCUCCUCCCUCUGCAGACCUCCCUCCUCCUCCUCUUCCUCUUCUGCACCGUCAGCGUUUUCAUCUCAGCCUACUUCCUCUAUGGCGCCAAGCGGGAGCUGGAGCCAUCGGGAGGGGGCGUGUCGGGGGCGGAGGGCGCCUCGGCCGACUCCGACGACCCGCGGGUGGCGCCGUCGCGGCUUUUGCCCGUGCGGAGCAUCUCGGGAGGCCCCGGGGCGGAUCCCGCCGGGGUCAGGACCGACCCCGUAGUCCUGGUGUUUGUGGAAAGUCAGUAUUCGCAGCUGGGUCAGGAGAUUGUGGCCAUUUUGGAGUCCGGGCGCUUCCAGUACCGCACGGAAAUAUCGCCCGGGAAGGGGGACAUGCCCACCUUGACGGACAAGGAGAGAGGACGUUUCACACUGGUGAUUUAUGAGAACAUUCUCAAGUAUGUCAACCUGGACGCGUGGAACCGGGAGCUGCUGGACAAGUACUGCGUGGAAUACGGAGUGGGCAUCAUUGGAUUCUUCAAGGCCAAUGAGAACAGCCUGCUGAGUGCGCAGCUGAAAGGAUUCCCCCUCUUCCUCCACUCCAACUUGGGUCUGAAGGACUGCACCGUCAACCCCAAGUCCCCCCUGCUCUUUAUCACCCGAUCGGGGCAGCCGCUGCCGGGUCCUCUGCCCGGGGACGACUGGACCGUCUUCCAAUCCAACCACUCGACGUACGAGCCGGUGUUGUUGGCCAAGACCCAGUCGGCCGAGAGCAUUCCGUCCAUGGGACAGAACGCCGCUCUGCUCCCGUCGGUGGUGCAGGACUUAGGGCUGCACGACGGCAUCCAGAGGGUCUUGUUUGGGAAUAACUUGGUCUUCUGGCUGCAUAAACUGGUGUUUGUGGACGCCGUGGCCUUCCUCACCGGGAAGAGGCUGUCCUUGUCCCUGGAGCGCUACCUUCUGGUGGAUGUGGAUGACAUCUUUGUGGGCAAGGAGGGCACACGCAUGAAGGUGCCUGAUGUAAAGGCCCUGCUGGAGACGCAGAGGGAGAUGCGCACCCAUGUUCCCAACUUCACCUUCAAUCUGGGCUUCUCAGGGAAAUUCUUCCACGCCGGAUCGGAUGAGGAGGACCUGGGCGACGACCUUCUGCUUUCCUUCGUCAAGGAGUUCUGGUGGUUCCCGCACAUGUGGAGCCACAUGCAGCCUCAUCUUUUCCACAACCAGUCCGUGCUCGCCGAGCAAAUGCUGCUCAACAAGAAAUUUGCCAUGGAGCACGGCAUCCCCACCAACAUGGGCUACGCGGUCUCGCCCCACCAUUCGGGCGUCUACCCUGUGCACAUGCAGCUCUACGACGCCUGGAAGAAAGUGUGGGGCAUCAAGGUGACCAGCACCGAGGAAUAUCCGCACCUAAAGCCGGCCCGGUUUCGACGAGGUUUCAUCCACAGCGGCAUCAGCGUGCUGCCCCGGCAGACGUGUGGUCUUUUCACACACACCAUCUUCUAUAAAGACUACCCAGGCAGCCCCAAUGAGUUGGACAAGCUCAUCAACGGGGGAGAACUCUUCCAAACGGUUCUGCUGAACCCGAUCAGCAUCUUCAUGACCCAUUUGUCCAACUACGGGAACGACCGCCUUGGUCUGUACACUUUUAAAAGCCUGAUGAUGUUCGUCAAGACCUGGACAAACCUGAAGAUGCAGACCCUCCCGCCUGUGCAGCUGGCUCAAAAAUACUUCAGCUUGUUUCCCUCUGAGAGAGAUCCACUCUGGCAGGAUCCAUGUGAGGACAAGCGACAUAAGGACAUCUGGUCCAAAGAAAAAACAUGUGACCGCUUCCCCAAACUACUUGUCAUUGGCCCUCAGAAGACAGGCACCACCGCGCUCUACCUGUUCCUUAGCAUGCACCCCGACCUGACCAGUAACUACCCCAGCAAGGAGACCUUUGAGGAGAUCCAGUUCUUCAACGGCCACAACUACCACAGAGGCAUUGACUGGUAUAUGGAGUACUUCCCGUUGCCCUCGAACGCCAGCUCUGACUACUACUUUGAGAAAAGUGCCAACUACUUCGACUCGGAGGUGGCGGCUCAGAGGGCUGCGGCCCUCUUGCCCAAAGCCAAGAUCAUCACCAUCCUUAUCAACCCGGCGGACAGAGCGUACUCUUGGUACCAGCACCAAAGAGCCCACGAUGACCCGGUGGCGCUGAAAUACUCCUUCCACGAUGUCAUCACGGCCGGCCAGGACGCCCCGGCCAAGCUGCGGGUCCUCCAGAAUCGCUGUCUGUUGCCAGGCUGGUACGCCGUGCACCUGGAGCGCUGGAUCAACUACUACCACUCCAGCCAGCUGUUGGUCUUGGAUGGACAGAUGCUGAAGACCGAGCCCGCCUCCGUCAUGGAUAAAAUUCAGAAGUUCUUAAGCUUGGCUAACGCCAUCAACUACCACAAGAUCUUAGCGUUUGACCCCAAGAAGGGUUUCUGGUGCCAGUUGCUGGAAGGCGGGAAGACAAAGUGUCUCGGGAAGAGUAAAGGACGCAAGUACCCCGACAUGGACCCUGAGUCCCUGGCGUUCCUCAGGGACUACUACAGGGAUCACAACAUCGAGCUGUCCAAGCUGCUGUACAGGAUGGGUCAGCCGCUCCCCAUCUGGCUCAGAGAGGAGCUGGUCCACACCAGGUAGCAUCGCCGCGGGGUCGGGGGGGCGGCGGCAACCGGGGGAGACAUGACAGCCCCGAAGCAUUCAAUAGCAGCCCUGCAGGGGGCGCUGAAGUGGAGAGUGAAGCUCACACCAGAAGAAGGACUUUCUAUCAGGACCUGUGCACGGGAUGUCCGGCCGGACCUCAAAACAUUCUGUGAUCUCCCAUCAAGUGUUGGACACUAAUCAGGAGUCAGGAACUGGGGGGUCCUCACUCGCCCCUGAGGAGGGAUGGGGACCGCAGUCCAAACCUUCUCUCACACGCAUCCAACUUGCAAAGUGCGGAGCUCUGGUCUUGCACAGUUUCAGUUCUAGAAAAAGACUGUGCACGGAAUCAGCGCCGAUAUGUUUUUUUCUUUUUGUUUUGUUUUUCAAGCACAGAAACUCUGGGCUGACGGACAAAAAAGACAUGAGUUUUUUUUUAAAAAGUGCGGAUGACGGGACAUCCGGCUGCAUGCUGACGGACCUUGCUAGAAUCUUGUAAUUGCAUUUUACAGGAGCCACAACACAAUCUCUAUUAAAUAUUACCAUUUGGACAGGUUUUUUUUUUUUUCCUUUGGUAGUUUCCUGAUACCUGCAGAAUGUACCAAAAGUAAACAUCUGAGCUCCCAUUCCUCCUCCAGGCCACACGCAAGAGGACGUCAAACUGCCUGCUGUCACAUGACCACUGAAUGGCCGAAAGCAGGACGUGAUGGACGGGCUUGUCGAAAGCACAAUAUUUAAAAGGUACUCAAGUUGGGGAAGGGAGGCGGGGGGGGGUUACAUACAGUGGGGCAAAAAAAGUAUUUAGUCAGCCAGCGAUUGUGCAAGUUCUCCCACUUCAAAUGAUGACAGAGGUCUGUCAUUUUCAUCAUAGGUACACUUCAACUGGGAGAGACAGAAUGUGGGGGGAAAAAAUCCAGGAAAUUCACAUAGUAGGAAUUUUAAAGAAUUUAUGGUGGAAAAUAAGUAUUUGGUCAAGCAUUCAAAGCUCUCACUGAUGGAAGGAGGUUUUGGCUCCAAAUCUCAGGAUACAUGGCCCCAUUCAUUCUUUCCUUAACACGGAUCAAUCGUCCUGUCCCCUUAGCAGAAAAACAGCCCCAAAGCAUGAUGUUUCCACCCCCAUGCUUCACACUAGGUGUGGUGUUCUUGGGAUGCAACUCAGUAUUCUUCUUCCUCCAAAAAGUUCUGUUUUGGUUUCAUCUGACCACAUGACAUUCUCCCUUAUGCUCUCUGGCAAACUUCAGACGGGCCUGGACAUGCACUGGCUUAAGCAGGGGCACACGUCUGGCACUGCAGGAUUUGAUUCCCUGUCGGCAUAGUGUGUUACUGAUGGUAACCUUUUUACUUUGGUCCCAGCUCUCUGUAAGUCAUUCACCUGGUUCUAGGAUUUUUGCUCACCAUUCUCAUGAUGAUUUUGACCCCACGGGAUGAGAUCUUGCGUGGAGCCCCAGAUCGAGGGAGAUUAUCAGUGGUCUUGUAUGUCUUCCAUUUUCUGAUAAUUGCUCUCACAGUAGAUUUUUUCACACCAAGCUGCUUGCCUAUUGUAGAUUCACUCUUCCCAGUCUGGUGCAGGUUUACAAUUAUUUUCCUGGUGUCCUUCGACAGCUCUUUGGUCUUGGCCAUAGUGGAGUUUGGAGUCUGACUGUUUGAGGCUGUGGACAGGUGUCUUUUAUACAGAUAACGAGUUCAAACAGGUGCCAUUAAUACAGGUAACGAGUGGAGGUCAGAAGAGCUUCUUAAAGAAGAAGUUCCAGGUCUGUGAGAGCCAGAGAUCUUCCUUGUUUGAAGUCACCAAAUACUUAUUUUCCACCAUCAUUUACAAAUAAAUUCUUUAAAAUUCCUACAAUGUGAAUUCUUGGAUUUUUUUUUUCACAUUCUGUCUCUCACAGUUGAAAAUGACAGAGCUCUGUCAUCAUUUUAAGUGGUAGAACUUGCAGAAUGGAAAGCUGACUAAAUCCUUCUUUGCCCCACUGUUCCUCAUACUGGACAACACAGGAGCUUCGUGGGUCUCGCCACAGUCUGUGAAGAAGAUCAUAAGCUAGCUGCUCGACGUCAGACUCGGAAUACGGAGCGAGACGUUCCAUUUUUCUCUUUUCUUAUAGUUUCUUUUAUGUAUGAAAUUAGUUCCUGUUGGGGUGGGGGCAAACUUUCCAACUCCAGGCUAUGCGGGGUUAAAAGGGUGUGAAGGUGUGACCACUGCAACUAGAUGUCAAACGUAGAUCAAGCUGCUCUUACUGCAAUAGUUUUGUACAAGGCGUUAAAACCCCCAAAAAAACCAACAACAACGCACACAGCAGCGUUAAAUGUACAUAACUGGCUCCCCUUUGGUAGACCUAAAUUAUUUGAAUGUGUUUGGCUCUCCAUCGGUGUGCGACGUCAGUGCUGUAGGGAGAAAAAAAGAAUUAAAAAAAAAGUCAACGCGAUUGUGUCCUCCAAUGUCCUCUCACUGCCAACUGUUGUUUCUCCAUAUAAAGUAUUAACGUGAUAACACAUAACAGCAAUGAUGGUACUAAUAAUAUCCUGGACUGUAUGAUAAAGAUUUGUAAUUGUUGUCAAUAAUUUUUACAGUGUAACUAAUAUUGUCGGUGCUUUUUAAUUUGCAAAUAAAACACCACUGUAUUUUUCA